GAGAGAGGGAGAGAGAUGAAAGAGACGAGCCCAACUCUGAUGAAACCCAAAACUCCUUUCAGCGAACGCGAUUCACAGAUUUCAGCUUCUUCCUGGUCGCUCUCGCUCCUCUCUGAGCCUCCCGAUAUUAGGAAAUGGUUCUCUAGCUACGUAUACGAGUCACCUUCACUGGGUCCAAAUGAGGACUUUCUGGGUUCUACUCUUGAGGAGAGCGUACACGAGAACAAUGGGUUCGGUGUUGACGAUAGGGAAAAAGGAGGAGAAGAAGAAGCGGCUUCGCAAAACUCUAAUUGUAUCAGAGGCAGAGACCAAGUGGGCGCUCUAGAGUUCACCAGUAAUUUUGGGAGCAAUAAGCAUGGAGAAGAGUCUCCAACAGAGGUUCCAGAAUCCUUUGAGUCAUCUUUGCAAAUUUCAGAACCUCCCGAUCUCAGAGAAUGGUUUUUGAGUUAUGUUUAUGAGUCACCCGAGUUGAGUGAACACAGCAAAGAGUUUGUCUCCAUAGAAAGUGAAUGCAAGAAAGAAUGGCCUGUUUCUGGUGAGGGCAAGAAAGAGCAUGAGAGUUUAGGGGAAGUUACCAAAGUGAAAGACAGUGAUGUUGCUGGUGCCAGUGAGGCACCGCACAACAAUGGACUUGUGAAUAAUGGUGCUGGCUCAUUCAUAGAUCAAGAGCGUGAAGAUCAAUUUCUGACCAAGAUAGCAGAUUCUCUGAGCCCACCUUUGCUACUCUCUGAGCCUCCCGACAUAACAAAUUGGUUCUCAAGCUAUGUCUACGAAUCUCCAGAAUUAAGCAUGUUCCCAGGAUCUCCAGUUGAGGAAAGUGGGGAUGGGAAAGAUGACUUGAUUCUUGAAGAGGCUAUUGGAGAAAAAGAAGACAAUCAGCGUAACUCUUCAGGUGAUAGAAUAGAUGGUGGCAUGGGAAUCAAUGAACGGUUGAACUCUGCCCUCUGUAGCAGCUCUCAUGAAGAUCUCAAGCAAGAAUAUCAGCAAAUUCAGGAUGAGGUUGGCAAUAAAUCUAAAGAGGACAAACGUCUUUUACCUCAGAUUCCUUCCCCUGAAAUUGUUGAUGGAAGGAUGGAAUCUAAAGCAUUGCCUGACAAUGACCAGGAUUGUAAUAGUAAGAGGCCGAAGCAACUUCAUUCUGAAGAAGCUAUCUGUUUCCACUCCAACAUCAAUUGGAACUCAAGCAACGAUAAAAGAAAAGCUCGUAAGGAGUUGAUUGGUGGAUUGGAAGAGGUCUCGGGAGUGAAGGCCCAGAGUAGGGAAGUUGCUCACACCCUGCUUGAAGACAAUUUGAGCUUAUCUCCAGUUGAUCAAGCUUCAGUGAGAAGAUCAACCCACGGAGAUCAUGACAAAGAAAACAAUCGAAGAAAUAAUGACAGCACCGAUUUUGUUUCCGUAAGGAGGAAGGAAACUACAAGUGCAAGUGAUGAAUUGAUGGGGCCACGGAGCGCUUUGCACCAGUGCUCGCACGCUAAAAGAAAUGUUUCGUCAGCUGCUAUAGAGGACGAAGGCAAGAUGAGGCCACUAUCGGAAAUAACUAAUUUCCGGAGCAAUUUUGAUGUGCAGGAGUCUGCUGGGAAGUGGAAGUGUCCUCAGAAAAGAAAACCCAUUCUUGGACCUCCAAUGAAGCAGCUAAGACUAGAACGAUGGAUCAAUAGGAUCUGAACACAGUAUUCAUAAAGUGGCGAAGAGCAGUAUCAUAUUCAAUGUGUCGUUGCUUUGCAUUUUCGAGUUCUAUUAUUUGUAUGACCCUGAUCGGAAUUGUUUGGAGUGAUUACCACCUUCUGAAAUGCUUGAGCUUAAGCGCACCAUCUUCUCUUUUCCUCAUCCUCAGUGAGUAAGAAAUGUUUCAGCCUUCAAGAACUUAGUUCCCUGAAAAUGUAGGGAGCAUUCUGAGGUUGCAUCUGAUACGGAGGUGAUGUAUUCGGAUUCAGAAUCUGCGAAAUUGUUGACAGUGGUAUAUAAAGCAUCAAGGAGAAGUCUUUAUUAUGAAAAUCAGGUUGAUUUGUUUCUGUACCACUCUUUUCAUCUCCUCUAUUUGAAUGGGAGUACUUGCACUUAAAUAUGUACAUUGUGAAUGCAAGUUGAAGCAUCGGCACUGCCAUACCCUUCUCUUGUUGUUUCAUUAGACAAGUUAGCAUCUCCAGUGUUCAUCAAGGAUUCCUGGAAGACAAGUCAUCAAUAUGUCAGGAUUUCUGUUAUUAUUAAAGGCAUUAUUCUAAGUUACGAGCUAUCUCGCAAGAUUA